AUUUAUUUAAGUCCUUCAAGCUUUAUUUCAUGUUCUUCAUCUUCUUCUUUUAGUUGUUCAUCAAUUAAGCAAGCUUAUAGAUUCCAGCUAUGGCGGAAAAGAAAUGGAUUCUGAUACUUUUUUUAACUUUCAUCAUUGCAGUGUCUCAAGUUCACCAUUUAUACAUGGGGGAACUAGCAAGCAUAAUGCUUGAAAAGCUUCAACAAUGGCGGAAACCAUUCAACAAUGGUGGAAAGAACUUAGCAAUUGGACCUAACUUAACAGCUUGUCAUUCAUCGUACGGUCGACCGGAUCUUCUCGUUUAUUGUUGUCCACCGGGGUUUCAGACUCCAGUACCCUUUACCGAUUUUAAGUUCCUUGACCCAUCACCGGUCCGUGUCCGACGACCGGCGCAUCUUUUAAACGAAAGUUUUAUAGCUAAAUAUAAUAAAGCUUUAUCAAUAAUGAAGUCACUACCAUUCGAUGAUCCACGAAGCUUUCUCCGGCAAGCUAAUUUACACUGUCAGUUCUGUACCGGCGCUUACGAGAUGUUGAACCGUUCCGGCUCGGAGCUGAACAUCCACCGUACGUGGAUGUUCUUUCCCUGGCACCGGAUGAUGAUAUAUUUUCACGAACGAAUCCUUGGUAGCCUCAUCGGAGACGAUACUUUCGCGUUGCCGUUUUGGGCUUGGGAUAUCCCGGACGGAAUGACGAUACCGGACUUUUACGUAGACGAGAGCUCGCCAUUUUUUCACAGCCAGCGCGAUUUCUCUCAUUUUCCACCUCGGGUGGCAGAUUUAGAUUAUAGCACUGAUGAUAACGAUCCACGUUUUGAUGGGAAAGAACAAACGGAAACCAAUUUGGCAUUUAUGUAUAAUCGAAUGGUGUCCGGCGCUAAGAAAACGGAGCUGUUCAUGGGAUGUACAUUUAAAGCCGGCGACAAGAACUGUGAUUCGCCGGGAACUAUAGAGAGUGCACCUCAUAAUACUUUACAUACAUGGAUCGGGUCGGGUUUAAACCCGGGAAGGGAAGAUAUGGGCAAGUUUUACUCGGCGGCGAAAGAUCCGGUUUUUUACGCUCAUCAUUCAAAUAUCGAUCGUCUUUGGGAAGUUUGGCGGGAUAUCAACGAUCGGAAACUGGAUAUCGACGAUUCCGAUUGGCUUAAUUCUUUCUUUUUUUUCUACGAUGAGAAUCUGAAUUUAGUAAAGAUUAAAGUUAAAGAUGUUCUUGAUAUAACAAAACUCGGUUAUUCAUACGAAGAAGUGGAUCGUCCAUGGUUAAACCACCGUCCUCCGCCGUCUGUACCACCGGAACAAGCUCGCCGGAUAAUAAAACUGAAGCAAAACGAAAACCCAGUUUUUUCCUCCGAUUUCCGGCGAGUUUUAGACGGUAAGUUAACGGUAACGGUGAACAGAUCGGUAAAGAGGGAGAAGUUUGACGAAGAAGAGACCGUCGUUGUGUACGGUAUCGUAGUGAGAGGGAAUGAAUACGUGAAGUUCGAUGUGUACGUGAAUUUAAGCGAUGACACGAAAAUGAACCCCAAGUUCAGGGAAUUCGCCGGCACUUUUGUUCAUAUCCCCGGCGGUGGCCGCGGCGGCCACGACUUGAAGAAGAUGAAGCUUAAACUGGGAAUUUCUGAAUUGUUGAAAGAUUUGAAAGCUGAUGAAGAUGAAACUAUAUGGGUAACAUUGGUACCGAGGACUACAAGUUGUAGUAAUGUAUCCAUUGAAGGGAUUAAAAUUGAAUACAUCAAAUAGAUUUUCUUUCAAAUCUCAUUUUUUGAUGUAAAUCGAAUUGAUUAAAUUAUCGAUUUUUUUAUGUAUUUAAAUAUUAAUUUAAUAUUUAAGCGUAGAGGACUAAAUGUGGUAAGUUCUCACUAUGUUUCUAUAUAA